AUGGCCCUUGAAGUACCCACGGAUCUUGCAGCCAAGGAGGAAGCUUAUCAUGCUCGUCUUAUCGCCAGAGACGUCAUGAUUCUCAACCUGCGUGCUAUACACCAAAAUAACAAAGAAGACAGGGAACAACGCUGGAAGGAGGCUAUUCUCACUUUCGAAAAUGAUCUUGGACUGGAAGAGCCUUCCAGAGAAAGCGCUUGGACGUUUUGGAUGGCAUUUCUGUAUGCCGGUACUAUCUACACAACAAUAGGUUACGGUAACAUCGCGUGUGCCACAACGGCAGGUCAAAUAGCAACUAUUAUCUACUCAAUGAUCGGCAUUCCAUUAAUGCUGCUGAUCCUGAACGAUCUAGGAGCAUUCCUGCUAGUUUGGGUGACCCGCAUUGCAUGCGGAUGCAGCGACUUCUUACUUUUCUUAGGUGUUCGCAGCGGAAUCACAAAAUUGGAGGAAGAUUCGAAUGAUAAGUUGCGAUACACCAUCAUU